GAUGAUGAUGAUGAUGAUGAUGAUGACGAUGAUGAUGACGAUGAUGAUGACAAUGAUGCUGAUGAUGAUGAUGAUGCUGAUUCGGAUGAUGAUGAUGAUGAUGAUGAUCAUGAUCAUGAUCAUGAUGAUGUGUAUGAUGAUGUUGAUGAUGAUGAUUCGCAUGAUAUGGAUGAUGAUUCGGAUGAUGAUGAUGAAGAUGAUUCUGCUGAUUAAUGUGAUGAUGAUUUGGAGGACGAUGACGAUGAUGAUGAUGAUGGUGAUUCAGAUGAUUUGGAUGAUUCGGAUGAACGGAUGA